AUGGUCAUGAAAACGCUAAUGAGUCCAGAUGACGACGUCGACAUCACUCCUUUAAGUCACAAUCCUUUCUCUGAUCCUCAAGAGCAGUUUCGUUCUUUGGUUGUCAGAGCUGCUUCUGUCGUUGCUCCUAAGUACACUUCAAUUAAACCAUUAGGAGAUAGAGUUUUGGUGAAGAUCAAGAAGGGAGAAGAAAAAACUAUGGGAGGUUUCUUACUUCCAUCUACAGCUCAAUCAAAACCUCAAGGAAAUGAAGUUGUUGCUGUAGGUGAAGGAGGAAUUAUUGGGAAAAACAAAGUUAAUAUCACUGUCCCUUACUCUGGAACUGAGGUGGAGUUCAACAAUGUGAAGCAUCUCAUUCUCAAGGAAGAUGACGAACGAAACUCCCCCUCGAUCUCUGUUUAG